CGGUUACUCAGCUCAGCUGUGUGGGCUUUCUUUCUUAUUUUCUUUGGCCUUGCGGAUAUUCUUGUUACUGUUGUUACAUUUAAUAUCACAAAGCUCGCAGUGCAAACUGCUAGAAACAGUAAAAAAAAAAAUCGAGUUAUUUAGCUAGUAGUUAGCUCUAUUAAUAUUGUAUUUUAAUCAGCAACAAUAUUGGUGGUGGCACCAACGGUUGAAUUAAGCCAAAGACACUCAAAAGCUUCUAAACAGUUUCUGAUUAAGCUAGCCUAGCUAACUCUGAGGCUAACUCACGUUAGCUACCAAUAGUAGCAGCAGGCCAUUGUGAGUUACAACUACUGAUAGUAUGCUAGUAGCAUGAGCAGAUGCAGCGACGGAGUUUCAAACAGUUAACUGUUAACCUAAUUACUGCAAACAACCGUAUUUGUCUAUCAGUAGCAGACGUUACAGAAGUAGAGGAGGCAGUCUAAGCUGGGUUUCCAACAGGGAAAAGUCCAAGACAACGCAAUUGAAUUGUUCCAGGCCAAGCCGACACUGAGUGAAAAAUCACAGGAGCCAAAGUGACUCAUCCUGAUGUGCUGGAAGCUCAGGGCGCAGAGGGCAGAUGCUGCUGAUCCUGGUGUCCCUGCUCUGCUGUGUCCCUGCAGCCAACACCUGUCUGCAGUGUGACCGCAGGAUCAGACUGCUACAUGAAGACCUCGCCCUGUCUGCUCCAACUGUGGACGACCAGAUAGAAAUGAAAAAGAUUUGUGACUAUGCCUAUGUGACCUACAGAGAGACCAGCUGGGAGCGAAAAGGAGUCAUUGAUCCCACUACCCUGUACAGAGCCAGAACUGAGUACCAGAGUGAAUUUGACAGCUUCUUGAAAACCCCACACACUGGAUCGGUUACAUUUGAAGCCAUUCAGAUCCUGGAGAAGGGCAGAAAGAUCUUGGAAAAGCACUUGGACACAUUCAUCCGUGACGGAUUGUGCCCUAACAAGUGUGGGCUUUUGAAACGAAGGGUAAUGGAUUGCUUCUCUUGCCGCUACAAGAUAUACAUCUGUCCCUCUCCCUCUGGCCAGCAAAACUGUGGUGAGUACCCAGUGCAGGCUGAGGAGGGAGGCCAGGCAGUGUUGAACUGUUUCCUUCCAUGGCAUCGUCUUCUGUUGGGAAGACCAGAGUACCACUACUCCUGGGCCCCCGGUGUGCCAGGAACUGAAAAGCUGAAAGAUAGUGACUUCAAAGCCUUGGUAGUCACAGAUGACUCAUCUGUGGUUUUAAAUCAGCUGAAUGCGAAUGAACAAGGAACAUAUCGCUGCUCUCUGCAGGGCCGGAAUGGAACCAUCUUCUACCGCAUCACUUUCCUACUUGCUGUUGCUUCUUUGCCUGAGCAAACUCUCCGACCCGUCAUCUCUCUGCCCUGCAUGCCUCACGGAGACAACCACUCACCUUUUCAACCUACUGCAGGCCUGCUGGUGCCAGUCAUUGCCAUGGUUACUGCUCUGAGCCUGGCAGCGGGUGUAGGCCUCACAGUUGUCCUGGGAAUGAUGAUGAGUCAGAGGAGAGCAGUGGAGGACCUGAGGAGAAGGAGGAAGGAAGAAGAAAACACACAAAAAACAGUGUGAUGAAGAUAAUGUAUGUAUGUAAAUACACACUUUGAUUAUUGCGAGUUUUUACUCACUUCAAAUUGGACGUUUUCAUUUCAACUUUCCCAGGGCAAAGUGCCAAGUGAUGUCUAAAAAUUUACAUGGAAGUGAGAAAACAUGAGCUACAUCCAAAUGAGGUGACAUGAACCAUAAAGUGUGACUGGGUGUUUUUGAAUGGUAAAUUGUUUAUCUUAAACCAGGGAAGAAAACCCCUCAGGCAUUGUUAAUAUGAAUCAUAGUGAUCAAACACUGAGAUCUCACUCAUAAAACCAAAAGUUUGUAGUGUACAAUACGUACACCCGCUUAAACACACCCACUAAAAAUCCCCCAGAAGCCACUCAACUUUCCGUAACAUUAAGCACCAGCUCACCAAAACACAUCAAUGAUCUGACCCCAGCAGGGUCACGUUCCUCCUGAAUGAAGUGAUGGCGUUGUCACGUGGGCGUUUAUGAGAGGAAUCGGGGAUGAGGUAAAUCUCCCGGAUUACAGUGUUUUUUUUUCUCAGGGAUUAAUAGCCCCAGCCAUCCAAUUAAUCCCGGAUAAUCUCCCUGUGAGAGGAGGAGGAGACGUGGAGGGGUAAAAGCUAGCAGCAGAUGUUUUCAUCAGGGUUUCUUUUCAUGUUUAUUUACCUACAUAUCCAUCCAGACAGAGAGUAAGGGCUACUUUUUACAUUACCAAUAAUUUUCUUAUCAUUCUGAAGUCACUGUUUUCUUGCAACACCAUAACCAGACUAAAUUAUCUUUUUUACGUCUGCCUACAGUUUGCUCUCUGUACAUUUUGAUGACAAAAGCUGCUUCGAAAAAUAGUCACCACUGUUCACACAAGUUCUGUCAUGAUCUCCACCGCCUCCUCGUCAUCAACUCAACACGUCUGUCACAUGUCGUAUUUCCGCUGGCUUUUUUUUGCCUUGUGCUAUUGUCAGAUACUGUCAAAGUAUAAGUCAAACUUCCUGUGAUAGGAUAGUAAAAAGUAAUCGUCAUCAACAAAUACACACCCAUUUCUCAGGAAUGUGUCAGACCAGAUGUAUUCCUGGUUCAUGCUUUGCCAACCAUGACACUCUGAUGUGCUAAUAUGGGAAAGAUAAUGAAACAUCCGUAGUAAAUGAAAAGUGAAAGUGAGUGAUCGAUUGAUGUAUGAGUCAGAACAGCCAGGAAGGAAGUAACCUCUGUCAUCAUUAAUGAUUGAUCGGGUUUUUCAGGGUAAUUUCUGACAAACAUUUUGAAUCAGGGGGAAGACUUCUGAUGAGUGAAACAGUGCAAUGAUACAGUAUGAGGCCGUGUCUGUGACUCGAGGCCCGCAUGGAUGGUGACAGGAUGUAUGUGCGGUGCUGUUUCCUGUCGGGCUGCUGAGAUGGGGGCGAAUGUUGAAAAAAUAAACCAUUCUUUAAGACUCCCUCACACAGAGACGCUCACGUCACAAUCCUCCAACUCAGUAGACCUCAUCGUUUCACUGUGGGUUUAUAUAUAUAUAUGUG